AUGUUCCACCAUCGAGUGUUGUCUGCUGCAGCUGUACCCAUCGACCGCAAACAGGAGUUCGACUUCAAUUUUGCGAAGCCACCGGUAGUCCCUGCUCCACUCCAGCUUCGUUUCACAGCUCACGUGAAGCCGGGGGCCGAUGGUCGGAGGCCCACGUCUGACAUUGAGGCGCUGUCGGUCUUCUCUCUCCCUGUAGAGAGAGGAUGGCCCCGUGAUAAGCUUUCUGCUCAAGACGUUGCCGAGUCUAUGGCAGACGUGCUAGCUGACAGGCUGCCCCGAUUUGCAGCAGACUAUUCGGAACUUCAGUUGACAGGAGCACCUCUCCAACUCCGAGGAGGUGUAGCCCAUUGGCCGGCUGCCAGUAUGAAUCAAGAACCUGCUGAGUUGCGCUCCAGGUAUUUGCCCAAGCCUUUUCCGCCAUUGCUAUCAUUAUACAGACUUGACGGCCCUGAGACAGGGUUUCUGCUGGACCAUGAUGCGAAGCUGAUCGUUUCCUGUAGAUCCUUGGGAGUCCACAGAGUGCAAAGCGACGUCGGUGACGAGUGUGUUGAGCGCCUGGACAUUGAGCUGAUGACAAGUGUGAAGGAUUUUCCCGUCGCAGGCUGGGCAUGGGGCUUUGUGGGAUGUGGAGGCCGAUGGUGGUUCGAGAGGUACCGGCUUCCGUUCGUCCGCCGAGUGCUGGAGGCAUAUCAUCAGAUGGCGCAUGAACAAAUGAUGCUCUACUAUGUCGCCGCCCUUGCGGAUUAA